AUGGAUGGAGAUGGUGUCGAAGCAGGUACAGUCAUAGGAGCCAAUGUUGGAUCCAAGGAUGGCACUGAAGUCAGUGGUGCCAAGGUUGGAACCAAAAUAGAGGUGAAUAUUAUAGACAGCACCGAGGGAGAAGAUACAGAGCCUAGUGCCGAAGAGGUUUGCGCCAAGGGUGCCGGGGAAGCACGGAGCAGACUCGGAGCAUCUUUAAUUUCCAUUCAAGAUCACAUCGAAUAUGAAUUCAUCCAUGAGAACAUAGAAAAAUUAUCUGAUAAAUCAAAAUUUGCAUGGAUAGGACUCUUCCAAAAUGUAGAUGGUGAUUGGAUAUGGCUGGACAAAACCACUGUGGCCAUUGUAAAUUGGGAUGAAAAAAGCCCUUCUCAAGAUGAAUACUUCAAAUGUGUUGAAAUGAGUGCAAUAUAUGGGACAUGGAGAAACACACAAUGUAAAAAGUACAAUGGCUUUAUCUGCAAGAUGAACAAAAUUACUGAACCUACUGAAACCCCCCAAGAGUCCAAAGACAUUUCUGACAAACAAGAGGAAUCAGCUGCACACAGUCUUGGGAUUAUCUUCAGUGUGACUGUACUCAUUGUAGUCUGCAUUAGUGGGACUAUAUGUUAUUUCUAUAGGAAGCGACAACAACAGACAUUUUUAAAUGACAGCAGUUUUGACAACACACUGUAUUUUAAUACUGACACAUCAGCAAGAGCUGUUGAAACUCGUGAACUUAUGUCCAACAUUGAAUACAAUGAACAUGUUGCAAUUUAGAAUAUCAACAGUUUAAUGAUAUAUCAAUGUUUACAAAGAAACCUAUAAACUUAACUACCUGCUGUGUUUAUGUGAAUUAUCUGUCUGCACUGGAUUUGAGGUUGUCCAAAGAUGAAAACAGUAUUUUUUUUUUUUUUUUUUUUUUUUUUGUGUAGUUCAUUUAUAAAUCAGUUGCACCUAUGAAAAAUUCCACUUCAGAAUUAGAGACAAGUGACUUCAUAGUUAAAUUGUUAAGUCAGUCAUUAGGACUAUAUAAAUAUGAAUGCUGGUUAUCACAGAAUUAAUGUUAAUGAAAAACUCAAGUAGGUGGAAAUAGGACAUAGUCAGUAUAAAUUAAUUAAAUUGGUCAUUAUAUUGUCAUAUGUAAGUAUGAAUGUUCGUUAUCACAGAACAAAUGUUAAUGAAGAACUCAAAUAGGUAGAAUUAGGACAUCUGUUUAAUCAUAGCAUAGCAACUGCUUUGCUUUUUGAUCACAAAUGCUUCAGUAGAAUUCCCACUGUUUUAGUAUCAGAGUGUUAAAAGAGGAAGGAGGUUGUCCCAUUUACUAUAUUAUCAGAAAAGUAAUCACUAUAAUUAUUGUAAAAAGGCUAAAAGAUUUCUGAAGAAAAUAGUCAUCUAAGAUCUAAGACAUUGCACUACAAGCUAAGUAGAAUGUGUGGAAAUUUUUAUCAGUAAUCUAUGUAAAGUUUUCAGAGCAAUUUUAAAGGUAUUUUAUAUUGAUUCUCUAUUUUUCUACAUGUUUUAUAAAAACUGAACUUUGGAUACUGUAAAACAAUAAAUUCCUACAAUACGUGCAUGAUGCUGAACCUUAAAACAUGAAAAUAAAUCUUGCACAUUUUGGAAAAGUGGCAACAAUAAAAUUAAUUUCCAUGAAUAAAA